AUGGUGCUUACGAAGAGCAUGGCGAAACCGGGUCCCAAGGCGAUGGCAAAGCUGAAGCGGGUUCUCAGGUAUCUAAAAGAGCUGGCCAUCUCCACGUUCGAGGCAGAAGUCGUCGCGCUGUCCAAGGCGUGCCUCAUGGUUAUACAUUUUCGAAAUUUGCUAGAGUCGUUGAAGAUGAAGCAGAAGCAAGCAACAGUAUUGUACGAGGACAACGCGGGUGCCGUAGCGUUCGCAAAGGGUAGCAAAAUCACGCCCCGCACGAAGCACAUCGACGUGAAGUUCCACCACGUCCGGCACCUAGAGGACCAAAACGUGGUAGAUGUAACUUACAUCGACACCAACAGGCAGAGGGCAGACAUAUUGACCAAAAGUUCGGGAGCUGUGAAGUUCCUGCAGAACCGCCUUAUUUUGCUUGGAGUUAUUGUGAAGGCGUGUCUCCAAGUCUGUAACCGUCAGCAACUACAAUUCUGUUGUCACCCGCCCUGUCGUCUCCUCGAGCUCUUCUGGGACACUGAGAGCGGCGGGGUAGUUGCAACUGUGCGAGGGUUUCGGCCAGUAGCGGAGGUGCGAAAUGUGGGUCAGGAUGAAACGCGAGGAGGACUCGUGAGAAUCUGGGAAGACUGUACUGCUGGAGCCGAAAUGCAGCUCAACGUUGCCGACGUCCUGGGCUUGGCGGAGAUCUAUACGGCUGACGAGAUGGAAGUUGACCAGCACGGCGGGGAGUGGAACCAAGGUGUUCGGUGCACUUCAUGGGAUCGGUUUGUGGGGGAAGGGUUCGUGGUCCAAGCCCGGGUCAAACGGCGACGUUCCGGUGAGGACUCGGUGCAAAAGUACGAGGUGACCCACGCGCCUUGGUGCAAGGAAGGAACCUCUGAAGACCCACUGUUCGUCUUGAGGAGGGAAGGCUUCAACCUCAACAACGACAACCUCGUUUUUUUUUCGGCCCCUGUCGUUUGCUACAACAACGCCUUCAACUGCUUUGGGAUGGGAAACAAGCAUUCCGUAGGUGGUACAUACUUCGGUUGGCCGUGGAGGAGCCAGGCGGUGCAGAGACUGAGGCAACAGACACACGUCGGAACCCUUGCUAGCACAGGAGCUUCUUGCGCUGGCGAGAUCGGUCUUCAGUGUGAGAUCCUGGGAUUGCUGCAGCGGGGGUGCGUGGGGGAAUGCACGCUCAAGGACGACGACGGGGCAACAUAUAACCAAGAGGUGUUUGUUCGGGGGGGUCUGCUCAUGUGGUGCGGGGACGGGCCAGGCCGGGCUAAAGUUCUCGGCUCCAAAGCAUGCAACCACUUCUCGAGGUUCCCAUGCCCGUACUGCAUGGUUGAGCAACGCGACAACAUCACCGGGGGGGACCUAGGAAAUGCCCAGUACGACAUCGAUGCACAUCGACGUACCUGGGGCCAGAUCACGGCGGGGUUUGAUACGCUAAAAUCCCUCGCAGACAACCCCGCCGAGCAUUCUCGACAAUCGAUGGUAUACUGGGGCUUGCUGCGGACUCCAACAGCCCCUCCCUGCCCAUGUACGACUCAAUGCUCACCAUCCCGACCGCGGUGGUCCCUGUGGAGCGGCUGCACUUCGAUGCCCUGCGACCUCGGGUCCUGCCAGCUGUGCCAAGUGUCCUGCCUCGAGAUGCUGUCGACUCAGGGUCGACGGCUGGUCUCGGCAGUCGUGGCUCAGAACCCUUCUCUGCUAUACCCAGCUGGCACGGAGCGUCUCAAAGAUAUCGUGACCAACUACUCGUCUCUCACUGGGAGCGACAAGUGGACACUGCAGUCCAUCAUGCUGCUCGUCUUCCGGCCGGUUCUCGCAAAUGUCGGGGCCAUGAAGAAGAACAUGAAGAGGCAGGACAUCGCCGAACUGAGAGACGUUUGGGGGACUGACGAGAAGGUGCUCGAGGUGCUUCAGAAGCUGAUAGAGGUGGCGUCACACCUGUCAUGCGCUGUGCGUGCGCCUUCUCACAACGACCUGGAGCUGGCCCAACUCGACCUCCUCGCGCGUGACGUGGUCGGCGUCUAUUCCAAGGUCUUGGGGAGGACUGGUUCGAGGCCUACCAUCCACUCUGUUCUGCACACUUCACAGGCCAUCCGAGCACAUGGAAUUGUCCCCGAUGCAAGCUCCGGGGAAUUCGCCCACCAGCAAAACAAGUCCGGCAAUAAGUCCGACUGUGGUCGGAACCCACCCAAGCACUACAUCAAGCGCGCCAACACCAACGCCGCAAUGCUUGCGCUCGCGAACGGUCUCGAGUACCGGGUACGGAAGUACAACUUCAGCAAACAGGAACAUGAGAUUGUUCCGGUGUCGCCCGGGGCAGGGUGCAUCCGCCUGAUGUCCUUGCUUGCCCGGACCCUCGGUCACGACCGCGUACCCACGGACGUUCAUGCGACAGAGACCCCAACUACAGCGCAGCUGAAAGGCCAAUUUCCGGGAUCAGCAAUCUGGUCGGCACACCUGUACAAGGACAACGAUGUGCAGGUCGACGAUGGGUCGUGGAGUGCUCGCGUUUCUGGGGGCAACUUUCGCCCCGACGAAGCGGCAUUGAUCGCCCAGUACAACGUGUUUUUCGGAUGCGGAGGGGAUGAGCAAUGUAGCAACCUUCGUUGCCCCUCCUGCUGGGAUGAGGAGGAUACCUUGGAGAGUAGCCUGCUAGAAUGUUCGAGACACAUGCGCGUAGCGCAGGUAGCGAGCUGUGGCCAGGGGCGGCUGAAGGGUGGCGACGUCAAGGCAGCCGCACGGCCUGGGCCGCCUGACGACUGGGCGUUGGGGCAGGGGCAGGGAGACGAUGUCGAGAUAUUCAACAAACCGCAGCCGACGGGAGACCAUGGACCGCCAUCAGCAGACCAACUCACCCUCAGCAAGAUCAUCUACUUCUUCCGUCACAAAGGAAACAAGAACUCCAUGAGCGGUGAGCCACCACCAUUUACGUGGUGGGUUCUCGCGUACGACUACGUCGGGGUCGGCCAUGGUAACGAGCGGGUGCCCGAUUCCAUCACCGGGCAUCCGACGUUGUCACUACGGGGCGGGGCCGUCCGAAGCUUUACCCUGUAUCAGCCGUCAGACGCCAGGUACACAUGUACCACCAAUGCCCGCACGGCCAAGAUGGAUCAGAGGGGUCGCUGCUUUGCGGGGAGACGCAGGUGGCGGGCAGACGUGUCUGGCGCCACAAGUUCCGGCUCGCAUUGCCGGGGUCCAGCAACGGCUACGACAGGUACCUCCUGAACGAGGUACACCACAGCAUCAACCAAGACACGUUUGUAUGAACGACCAUGGAGUUCUUCUGCCUAAUACCAGCGAUGUUCUGUCGAGGGAAAGCGAUUCGGCACGGGCGGCAACAACUGCUGCUGUGGACGCCUAACGAUGGCCGACCUUCGGCUUAUAGGUGUAUAGGUGUGCGUCUGGAUGUGGCGUUCGCAGCUGGCUGCAACGUCGGAGAUGGGGUUGGGAGGCAGGGCGAACACCCUCAUGCGUCGAUGCCAACUGAGGAGGAGGGUCGUAAGAUUGUAGGCGCAAACCAUUUGUUCACGUAUUACAAUGGUUUAUUUCCGCUGCUGUAGGGUACGAGUCUCGAGAUGUAUUUCCGGCGGAUGUGCCGCUUCCAGCUGAGCAGCUGAGCGGUCUUGCUGUAGGAACCGUAAACCUCAAUGCAUGGACUGUGCCGCCAUGGCGUUACACGAUGCUCUACGUGGAGACAUUCCGAAGUACAAUAGGGUAGCCCAUCUAGCACUGAAAAGUCAGGGAUUGGCUCUGAAUCAGGGGCUUAAUUUAGACAGGAUUUCGAACAUGUUUGCUGAAAGUCCAUUUGAGGCCGCGAAAAAGUACGUACGCAGGUGCAUGAUUCAACAACGAUUUUGGUCAUCGUACUACACCGGCAAAAAUAUACAUGAU